CCGCCCACUGAGGUUCAACUCAACCAAUGAGAUUCUUUCUGUCUGCAGAGCAGAAAUGUUUGAGGAAGUAAAAUCCCAAUCAGCUUGAUGCUGAGGAGAAGGGCUGUGCAGCAGAGAGGCUGUUUAGUUUCUUCAUUCUACUGCAGUGGAAGAACAUUGAUCAUCUACUGUCUGUUUGGUUUCAACAACUCCAAAGACAUGUUGCUUUACCUCUUUAUGCUGUUAUCUCACUUUAUAGCCAUGGGUUCCAUGAACAGCAUAAAGCCAGAAAAUACUGAAGAACGUGUUGCAGAGGGAGGAAACAUCAACCUGACCUGUAAAUAUGAGGGUUCUAUCUACAAUAUCCAGUGGUACCGACAAUACCAGAGAUCCAGACCAGAGUUCCUGCUCUACAUCACUGAGGGGGGAUCGAUUUAUCCAACUGUUUCUGAUUUCUCAGCUCACAUUAACAAAACAGAGAAACGUGUUGAUCUGCAGAUCUCCUCUGCUGCAGUGUCUGACUCUGCUGUGUACUACUGUCUCACUCCAGUCAACAAUGAAGAGAACAGUUUAGAAGGCAGCACUGUUACUCUGUCCUACAAAUACUCAAAACCUGCAACUGGUUCUAAUCAAUUCUUCUGGUAUCGACAAUAUCCGGGAAAACAACCAGAAUUCCUCAUCUCUCACUCAGGAACAGGAAGUCUGAUAUCAGAUCCAGUACCUAGACUGUCUUUUAAUGUGAAUGAAGAUAAAACCCAAAUGGAUCUGCAGAUCUCCUCUGCUGCAGUGACAGACUCUGCUCUGUACUACUGUGCUGUGAGGCCCACAGUGACAGCAAAGGGCCACAUUAUCAAGUAG